GCCGCCGCCGCCGCCCCCCCGCCGCCUCGCGAUGAAGCGGCAGAACCUCCGCACGCUCUCGCUGAUCGUCUGCGUGUUCUCCUACCUGCUGGUGGGCGCCGCCGUCUUCGAUGCCCUCGAGUCCGAGGCCGAGACGGGCCACCGGGGCCUCCUGGAGCAGAAGCGCAGCGACCUCCGAAGGAAGUACCGCUUCACCGCCGAGGACUACCGGGAGUUCGAGCGGCUGGUGCUGCGGGCCGAGCCGCAUCGAGCCGGCAGGCAGUGGAGAUUCGCCGGCUCCUUCUAUUUCGCCAUCACGGUCAUCACCACCAUCGGUUACGGCCAUGCUGCUCCCGGAACUGAUGCUGGCAAAGUUUUCUGCAUGUUCUAUGCGAUCCUGGGCAUUCCCCUCACCCUGGUUAUGUUCCAGAGCCUUGGUGAGCGCAUGAACAUUCUAGUCCGGAUGGUCCUGAAGAAAAUCAAGAAGUGUUUGGGAAUGAGGCAGACUGUGGUCUCCAUGAAGAACAUGGUUGUGGUGGGCUUCCUCUCCUGCAUGGGGACCCUGUGCAUUGGAGCAGCGGCCUUCUCCUAUUUUGAAGGAUGGACUUUCUUCCAUGCUUUCUAUUAUUGCUUCAUAACCUUGACCACCAUUGGGUUUGGAGACUUCGUAGCACUGCAGAAGCAUGAAGCUUUGCAAAAGAAGCCCCCUUACGUUGCAUUUAGCUUCAUGUACAUUCUGGUGGGUUUGACGGUGAUCGGGGCGUUCCUUAACCUGGUGGUCUUUAGGUUUUUGAUUAUGAACUCGGAAGACGAGAGGCGGGAUGAAGAAGAGAGGGCGUCUUUGAGGAGAGCCAAGAAUUACAUCAACCUGAAACCGAGGGAAGAGAAUGAUACCAACAGGAAUGAAAUCCUGCUUCCUGUAGAGGACCGCACCAGUCAAAUGAAUCUCAUCCCUUUGAUCCCAGAAGAUGCAGAGAGGCAAAGAGGGAAGUUGUCAAACUCUGCCACGAGAGUUCCUUCUUUCUGCACGUGUCUUUGUUACAGGCCACGAAUGAACAGAAGCCCAGAUCCUCCUCACUCAGAGGCUUUCAACUGUCAUACAAAUCUGGUUUAUUAUAAUUCCAUUUCUUACAAAAUCAUGGAAGUCUCCCUGGGUGGUAAAGACCACACUGCUCUGUCUUCCCCCAGGAGCACUCUGUCCUCCAAUAGUCCUAACUGUCGGGAGCAUUCCCGACGCAGGAGGAAGUCUAUCUGAAACAUGCAUGCUCUUUUUGGACUUUUUUUUAAAAAUCUCUGAGCUGGGUUCUGCUACUGAAGUUGUCUUCUGAUGAUAAAUGAUCAACUGAAUUGUCA